AUGGCUCUAUUCGAUAUCAUUGGUAUUACUUUCGUCGCUAUCAGAGGUGCUUAUAAAUUGGCUGUUGCUAUACGUGACUCAGAAUCGAUUAAUGCUGAACUUAAACAAGUUGCAAUGCACAUGACAAAUGAGUUAAACAUUGUUGGAGGUACAUUGGAUCAGUUACAGCAUUUCGCUCAUCGAGCUACUGUACAAGAUGAAUUUCUGUUAGUUAAAAAUAUCAAUGAGUUAAAGUCAAUAAUAGAUGACGCUCAAAAUAUUUUACAAGAUGUCAUCCGUGAUCGCAGCUUUUUCGCGCGUUUACUCAUGAAAAAUGAUGUUUAUCGACAACAACUUCGUGAGAUCAGUAACCGUUUACAUAAUAUAUGUCACACUGUUGAGGGAGCAAUACCUGCCAUGACAAAAAUUGUAAUUCCAUGUCGAGACUUAUCAGAUUUUCGAAAAACAUUUCGUGAUGUACCUGACAAAAUACUUUCUUUACAUGAUUUUUCUUUUAUAAAAAAUACUUCAAACACAGUCGUGCCAAUUACGAUUGAAGAAACUGAUACGACGAAAUGCUCAUUUUAUAUGAAAUUAGAUAAUCAACAAAUUAUUUUAAGUUAUCAACUAAGAACAUGGUCAGCUUUGAAUCCUAAACUAAUAGUUCUUGAUCAACGUCGACAAAGGUUUCAAGAACUUUGGCGUGUGAAAAAGAAACUUGAGCAUCCUGGUAGUAGUCCAAGUAUUGUUUUGAACUCGUCAACAAAAUCAUUACCAGACUUGACGAUUGCACAACCCCAACCAUCAACAGCAGUUGCUACAGACAAUAUUCCUGAAAAACUUGAUUUUUCGGAAUUCUUUAUGUCACAUGAUGAUAUUUGUGGUAUGGCAUUAACACGGUCGUUUAUUUAUAUAGCAACAAAAUAUGAAAUAACAAUUAUAUCAUUAGAUAGACAAGAAAUAGUUGCUCAAUUUGGUACA